AUGCAUUAAAUUCAACUACCUCAUCGUCCUCCUCCUCACAGGUGUUUAUUACUUUUGUUGCUUUCAUCACCUUCUUCACAGGUUUGCUUGUCGCUUCUUUAUAAACUUCACCCCCAAAAUCACCACCACCUCCACCUCCACCUCCACCGCCAUUUCAAGGUUUUGCGGACUAGAGAAGAAGAAUGGAGAUGUUUGCUGUUAUGGUUGAGGAGGGAAGCGAAGACCGAGAUGGGAAGCCAUCAGUUGGCCCCAUAUAUCGAAAUAUACUGUCCAAGAAUGAUUUUCCACCGCCAGAUCCUGAAUUAUCUACAGCUUGGGAUGUCUUAAGGGUAUCUGUUGAAAAGUAUCCAAGGAAUCGAAUGCUUGGAUGGCGUGAAUUUAGUGAUGGAAAGUUUGGGCCUUAUCUCUGGAAAACGUACAAGGAAGUUUAUGAGGAAGUUUUGCAUGUUGGUUCUGCAUUACGGGCAUCUGGUGCCAAACCUGGCUCUCGAAUUGGGAUUUAUGGGUCAAAUUGCCCUCAAUGGAUCGUGGCAAUGGAGGCUUGCAGUGCCCACAGUUUAAUUUGUGUGCCUCUCUAUGACACCCUUGGGCCAGGUGCUGUAAACUUCAUAAUAGGUCAUGCUGAGAUUGAUUUUGUUUUCGUCCAAGAUAAGAAAGUAAAAGAAAUAUUGAAUCCAGAGUGUACACACGCUAAACGCCUGAAAUUGAUUGUUUGCUUCACUUCAUUGGCAGAAGAAGUUAAAAAAAAAUCUGCCUCCAUUGAAAUAAAAUCGUACUCAUGGAAUGAGUUCCAACACAUGGGAAAAGAACACCCAUCAGAGCCUCUGCCACCUCAGCCAUUCAACAUAUGUACAAUUAUGUACACCAGUGGCACCAGUGGAGAUCCAAAAGGUGUUAUUUUAACACAUGAAAACAUUGCCCUGAACGUAAGAGGGGUUGAUCUCUUUCUGGGACAAUUUGAAGACAAGAUGACGGCGGAUGAUGUUUAUAUAUCUUUCCUGCCUCUUGCUCAUGUCCUUGACCGCAUGAUUGAAGAAUAUUUUUUCCAUAAUGGUGCUUCUGUUGGCUACUAUCAUGGGGAUAUAAAUGAACUAAGGGAUGAUUUGAUGGAGUUAAGGCCGACUUUUCUUGCUGGUGUACCUCGAGUUUUUGAAAGAAUACGUGAAGGUGUCAUAAAAGCACUAGAGGAACUCAAUCCAGUGAGGAGGAGAGCUUUUGACAUCCUUUAUCAAUACAAACUUGCCUGGAUGAAUUUAGGAUUCAAACACAAAAACGCGUCGUGGUUGGCUGAUCUGCUAGCUUUUAGGAAGGUAAAAGCUAGACUAGGUGGACGGAUUCGUCUGAUAGUGUCUGGAGCUGCACCCUUAAGCAGUGAGGUGGAAGAGUUCUUGCGUGUUACUUCCUGUGCUUAUGUAGUACAAGGCUAUGGGUUGACAGAGACUUGUGGUUUAGCCACUGUUGGAUUUCCGGAUGAAAUGUGCAUGAUUGGAACUGUUGGUUCACCGUUUGUGUAUAGUGAGUUGCGUCUGGAGGAAGUUCCAGAGAUGGGUUACAAUCCACUUGGAGACCCUUCGUGUGGUGAGAUAUGUGUGAGGGGAAAAACUACUUUCACUGGGUACUACAAGAAUCCAGAGUUGACAGCAGAGGCAUUUAAAGAUGGGUGGUUUCAUACAGGUGACAUAGGGGAAAUGCUACCAAAUGGGGUUGUUAAAAUCAUUGAUAGGAAGAAAAAUCUAAUUAAGCUAUCCCAAGGAGAGUAUGUUGCGGUUGAAUGUUUGGAGAAAUUUUAUGGUAUCACCCCUAUUGUUGAAGAUAUUUGGGUGUAUGGGGACAGCUUCAGGUCAAUGCUAGUUGCAGUUGUUGUACCACAUGAAGAGAACACAAAAAGGUGGGCUUAUCAAAACGGCCAUAGAGGUUCCCUCUCGGAGCUAUGCUUCCUUAAGCAGCUACAAGAUAAUGUUCUGCUUCAGCUAAAGUCUACAGCAGAGAGAACCAAGCUGAGAGGAUUUGAAUAUAUCAAAGGCAUCAUUCUGGAACCUCAACCCUUCGAUGCAGAAAGGGAUUUGGUGACCGCCACACUAAAGAAGAAAAGAGAUAAACUGCACAAGUAUUACAAGGUCAAAAUUGAUGAACUCCACCAAAAAUUGUCAGCAGGGAGACGCUAGCUAUUGAUUUAUUUAUAUAUGCAUUAAUUGGUAGCCAAUCCCAUUUGAUGGAACUUAAGGCUUAGUUUGGUUUCGUUUAUGCAUCAAUUGGUCUAUGCUUAUAUAAUGUAUUAGCUGAUAUGAUAUUUUACAUUCAAGACGAUGCUACAAGAAGUAUUGUAAGACCAUGCCAAUAACAAGUAAUUAAUUAAUUUUUUUAUUAUUAUUUAUAUAACGCAAAAA